AUGAGGCUCAGCUCGUCAAAAUUUCACCUCCCAGCCCCUCUCGUGACGGCCCUGGAACAAACAGGAUAUACAACUAGCGCCGAUUUGCUGUUUAGCGGUUCAGCGGAAGACAUUUUCUGCCAACUACCUCCCAAUACGAUUGGAUUCAAUGAGUUCGAAGAGUGCUUAGCGCGCGUAUUGGAGGCUUCCGGUGCCCAGGGCUCUCAUGCUAGUAGCCUUCUACACAGUCAGGCUACACCAAUGCCAAAACUCUGCUUGGACACAGGCGUAGACGAUCUCGACGAAUUAUUGAUGGGGUUGGGUGGCGGCUCAACCGUUAUAGAAAUUUCUGGGGACAUCGGGUCUGGAAAAUCUAUGCUAGCGACUCACAUCGCACUCCGACAUCUCGCGUCCGAUCCUGAUGCUCAGUUGUUAUGGAUCGACACUACUGGGAAUUUCUUGGUAGAUCAGGUCGCCGCACUUUUAGCCCGUCAUAGUGGGCAGGGUGUCGCCACAGCUCUUGCACGCCUCCAUUUAUCCCUCGCAUUCGACCUUGACUCGGCGUAUCAAGCCCUGCACGGUCUUCGACAUCCCAGCUGCGUCGUAAUUGAUAGCAUUACACCACUCCUCGGGCCUGCUCUCAGUGCCGUAUCGGCUCAAGGACACGCACUAAUGGUUGGUUUUAUGAGACACCUUAGAGCAAUUGCGCAAUCAUCUAACGCGUCGGUGUUGGUCAUCAACAACUCUACCAGCAACGGGAAUAACCAGCUUAACCCCAAUGCUGUGUUCCCUACGACAAGAAAGCCAGCCUUGGGGCCCUCUUUUCCUUUCCUAACGGAUGCGACCUUGUGGCUUACUCGCCGCGACUCUACGAUGUCUGGAUGUAUAUCACAUACUGCAGAGAUCUGGCGAUCGAAAACAACGUCUUCGAAGAGAUGGUGUGCUUUCCAAAGUCAAAACGGGUUUCCAAUCCCGCCCGCGACCCCAACUCGUCAAGGUGCUUGA